AGUCCUCUCACCAGCUUCCACGUUUUCCGGUAGCCUGCACUUUCCAGCGCCGGUUCUGCCCAGCACAGGCCGCCGCCUCGCGCGAUGCCCGCCCCGCCGUGCGCCUCCUGCGGCAAGGCCCGCGCCGCGCUCCGACGCCCGCGCUCCGGGCAGGCGCUGUGCGGCGCCUGCUUCUGCGCCGCCUUCGAGGCCGAGGUGCUGCGCACGGUGCUCGCGGGCCGCCUGCUGCCGCCGGGCGCCGUGGUGGCCGUGGGCGCCUCCGGGGGCAAGGACUCCACCGUGCUGGCGCACGUGCUGCGCGCCCUCGCGCCGCGCCUGGGCCUCGCGCUGCACCUGGUGGCCGUGGACGAGGGCAUCGGCGGCUACCGGGACGCGGCGCUGGCGGCCGUGCGGCGCCAGGCGGCGCGCUGGGAGCUGCCGCUCACCGUCGUGGCCUACGCGGACCUCUUCGGCGGCUGGACCAUGGACGCCGUGGCCCGCAGCACGGCCGGCUCGGGCCGCAGCCGCUCCUGCUGCACCUUCUGCGGGGUGCUGCGGCGCCGAGCGCUGGAGGAGGGCGCGCGCCGCGUGGGAGCCACGCACAUCGUGACGGGCCACAACGCGGACGACAUGGCCGAGACGGUGCUCAUGAACUUCCUGCGCGGCGACGCGGCGCGGCUGGCCCGCGGCGGGGGCCUGGGCUCGCGGGGCGAGGGGGGUGCCCUGCCGCGCUGCCGCCCGCUGCAGCUGGCCUCGCAGAAGGAGGUGGUGCUGUACGCGCACUUCCGCCGCCUCGACUACUUCUCCGAGGAGUGCGUGUACGCGCCCGAGGCCUUCCGCGGCCACGCGCGCGACCUGCUCAAGCGCCUGGAGGCGGCGCGGCCGUCCGUGGUGCUGGACCUGGUGCACUCGGCCGAGCGCCUGGCGCUGGCCCCGGCCGCGCGGCCCCCGCGCCCCGGCGCCUGCUCCCGCUGCGGGGCCCUGGCCAGCCGCGCGCUCUGCCAGGCCUGCGCGCUCCUGGACGGCCUGAACCGCGGCCGGCCCCGCCUGGCCAUCGGCAAGGGCCGCCGUGGGCUGGAUGAGGAGAGGGCCUGGGGGGCGCCGGGGGAUGCAGAGGGGGGUGUGGAGGGGGCCCGGGGGGCGCCGGGGGAUGAGGAGGGGGGUGUGGAGGGGGCCCGGGGGGCGCCGGGGGAACAGGAGGGGCCCCGGGGGGCGCCGGGGGAACAGGAGGGAGCCCGGGGGGCGCCGGGGGAUGAGGAGGGGGCUGUGGAGGGGGCCCAGGGGGCAGUGGGGGAGCGCGAGGGGGAUGGAGGGGGCCCAGGGGCGCCGGGGGACGCGGAGGGGGCUCCGUCCUCCUGUGACGGCAGGGUCGGGGCUGCCUGUGACUGUGAAUAA